UGUAAGCUCUAAACAAGCUGGACCGACAAACAAAAGUUCGUUUGCUGCACGGUGGGAUAAAGAAGCAGGAUGAGAUGAGAUCCGCCGGAUCGCGAAGAAGACGACUGUCGUCGAUACGACAUGGAUUCCUGAUGGCGUGUGCAUUUUGUACCGGCGUUGGCCUCGUCGUCCUCACUCUGAGGUCCGUCGAUCCUCCGCCAUCGGCCGAGGAUUUGCCCUCCGUUCUCAAGGAAAAGGUCGAGGCCUCCAGAGCCAAAGGAUGCGCCACCGUCGAAGAAAUGGGCGAAGCCUUUGGCGGCGGAUUCUGGGGGGAAAGUCUCAGAGUCAGAAGAAUAAUACAUCGGCACUUCGCUCUCAAUGGUGCUGCUAGAGUUCGGGACCUUCCUCCGGACCAGUUCUGCAGACAUGGUUUUGUCCUAGGGAAAGCAUCAGAGGCGGGUUUUGGGAAUGAAAUGUACAAGAUAUUAACUGCUGCUGCAUUGAGUAUAAUGUUGAAUCGGUCUCUCAUAAUUGGGCAAUCCAGGGGAAAGUAUCCUUUCCAGGAUUACAUUUCUUAUAGCAAUGUUUCCUUUACACUGGAAGAAAUCAAGCAUCUAUGGAGGCAGAAAGGCUGUCUGACUAAAUAUGGAAGGCAUCUUGUGAUAAGGAUUGAUGAUUUCCAAAAGCCAGCCCGAACAAGUGUUCUUUGUAGCAACUGGAAGGAGUGGGAACAACCUAUCAUAUGGUUGCAAAACACAACAGAUGCUGUGGCAGCUCAAUUUUUCUUGAAAAAUAUACACAGUGAAAUGAGGAAUGCUGCUACUGAUCUAUUUGGGCAGCCUGAAAAUCUUCAACAUAGGCCCAACACAUUUGGAGAGCUGAUGAAAGUUCUAAUAGCUCCCUCGGAAAAUGUUAAAGAGGCUGUGAACUGGGUUCUUGGUGAUGGGGUCAAUCCUGAUAUUUCAUUGCACAUGCGAAUGCUUAUGAACAGGUCUUUGAGAACAGCGCAAGCAGCAUUAAAUUGCCUCAGAAAAGCCAUGGAAAAUCUGCAAUUGGAAUCCAAACCCAAGGUGGUUUUGGUUUCAGAUACCCCUUCUUUUAUAAAGGAAUUCUCACAGAAUAUAAGUGAAUUUGCAGAGGUCCUUCAUUUUGAUUAUGAACUCUUCAAAGGAAAUAUUUCUGGCGCGGGUGCAGGGAACAACAUAGAUUUUAGAGUUAAGGAUUGGGGCCCAGCUCCAAGAUGGGUUGCAUUUGUUGACUUCUUUCUUGCGGCUCGUGCAAAACAUGCUGUCGUUUCAGGGGCUCACAGGCGUGUAGGAACCACCUAUGCUCAACUAGUUUCAGCACUCGCUGCAGCAUGCAAACUUGAGGAGAAUUCUUCUGCCAGUUGGAGUUUUUCCUUCUUCAGCAGCUUCCACAGUCCUUUGCUCUCAGAAGGUCUAGGAAACCAGGUCGGUUGGGGACACGUAUGGAAUAGAUUUGCCGGUCCUUUAAGCUGCCACAACCAGUCGAAUCAAUGUGCUUUCACCCCAUUGCUCCCGCCUGCUUGGUGGGAUGGGCUUUGGCAGUCCCCUAUUAAGCGAGAUGUUAAGAGGAUGCAAGCAUAUGGCAUCCAACUCUCUGGUUUCGGCACAUCUGAUGACGACUACCUCCAUUCGUUCUGCCUCUCUAGGAAAAACGUCAUAAGGACUGUUCCACUAAUAUAGGAGUUGUAGCUUGCACGUCGAUUUACACGUUGUAAGGGCCUCUGUGUAAGAAUUAUUUAUACAACUCUUUAUAAGUUUUGACCAAAGACUAUAUCUAAACCUAUAAAUAAGAGUUUGUUCUUCUUUCUGCUC